UCCCGGCGAUCAUGAGGACCAGCGGUCAUCGGCGAUGGGCGGAAACGGAACCGGAUCCAUCGUCGUCCCUCCCGGUGUGCUGGCGCCUAUCCCGGGUGCUAACUCGUUCCCGCAGACGGCAAACUUUGAACUGUCGCACUAUGUCACCAAGAAGGUCGUCAGUCAAGGAAUGCUAGAUGUCGCGCUGCUGAUGUCAAACGUGUCACAGAUCAAGGCUCUCAUUGAUACGGGACCCAAACAUGGCUACUUCUACUUCCUGAUGACCAUGGUCAGCAUCUCAUCAUUCUACAGAUUGGCGUCGGCAUCAUCUUCCUGCUGCUGGGCCGGAAGUCGAUCGUCCGCGUGGAACACCAGGUGGCGCUAAACCGCCUCAACAACAUCGCCACGGUGUUCGUGUUCCUCAUCACCGCCGUCAACAUCUUCACGGGAGCGUUCGUGUGGGCAUGCAGCGUCCUAGUUAACUCCUUGACAACGCGGCAGAGGAAGCCAGCGAGGCGAUCAAAGCCACAACUCCAGCUUUGUGAUUACCGUCCUUGGCAAUGAUGUAGAGAGACUAUAGCAACGCUGCAGACGCUAGCGGCCCUAGCAACGGUGAUGAUGGCAGUAACCCUGACAACGCGGGACAUGCUGCAAAGAAAGCCAGCGAGGCGAUCGAAGCCACAACUCCAGCUUUGUGAUCACCGUCCUUGGCAAUGAUGUAGAGAGACUAUAGCAACGCUGCAGACGCUAGCGGCCCUAGCAACGGUGAUGAUGGCAGUAACCUUGACAACGCCGUGCAUGCGGCAGAGAAAGUCAGCGAGGCGAUUGAAGCCACGAUGCUGGGGUUGUGGUUGCAGAUGCUCGCAAGACGCUGGCGUUCCUGGUAACGACGUAGCAGCCCUAGCAACCCUGCAGACGCUACUUACUUUAUCAAUGCUGCAGACGUCAGUAACCCUGGCAACGCGGCAGACGACAUCGUGGCCCUAGCAACGACGUAGCGGCCCUAGCAACAUCACAGACGCCAGAGACCGUAGCGACAACAUCGUGGCCCUGGCAACGCUGCACAGAUGGUGCCGAUCCUAGCAAUAAUAUAGCGGCCCUAGCAACGACAUGGCGGCCCUAGCAACGCCGCAGACGCCAGCGAUGAAGCUGCCCGCAGCCAUUACUGUGGCGGUCGUGAUCGGAGGUCCGUGCUGAUCGAUGAUCAGUGGCUUGUGAUCGGUAAUCGAUAGCCAGUGAUCGAUAAUCAGUGGCUUGUGAUCGAUGAUCAAUAUCUUGUGAUCGGUGAUCAAUAGCAUGUGAUCAGUGAUCGAUGGCCUAGCUGAUGGAUGAAGACCACCACACGUUAGGUUUUUUCUUGUCUGCUCUCGCGAUCAGGUGUUGAGACGAGAUAGCAGAGAGAACAACAACAUUCGCUCUUCAUAUAUCGCUCUAAAAUAUUAUAACCCAGAGAGCUCUGAAGUAUAGUGGCCAUAUCAUAUCAUUAACUAUCAGAGGAAAAAUCACAGUUAGUGAUAAUCAUGUUCCUGAGUGAAGAAUUUAAUGGCCAGUUGGGCCGCCACGAAGUUCAUGUUUUUUUUAAUAUAUGCGCGCAGUUACUCUUGAGCUUGUUUUUUUCCCUGAGUACUUUAUUAUAUCUUUAGUUAAUACUUACAUAUAUUUAGUACUUUAUUAGUAUUAUUAUUAUUAUAAUUAAUAUUUAUUAUUAUUAUUAUUUAUUAUUAUUAAUAUUACGAUUUUAUUCUCAAUGAAGGAAUUUUAGGGACAGCGCAUGAACUAUUUUUACGGUUCGUGUGUUCGUGUAUCUUUUUUAGCCUAAUGUAAGUGAUUGUGCAAGAUUCUCUGUGCUUACAGGCUUAUGCAUAUCAUUAAUUUAUGAGUUAGAUAACUCAUUACACCCCCCCACCCCCCACACACAAUAAGCUUCAUAUGAUCAGGAGUGAAUGAAAACAAAUGUUUGUUUUGAUAUCAACUGAGGAAUAUAUUAAUAUAAAAUAAUAAUAAUAAAUAAUAAUUAUAUAAAUGAUUUAUAUUUUGGUAUAUAACCAGGUAAGCGCUUGGAACCGAAUCUCGCACACCAUGUGAUCCCCAGCUCGACCAAUCGAAAUGUGCGAUCGAAAACUGUGUUAUUCCGAGAUCGCAACAUCGCUAGAAACAUGGCAAUUAUUUAGUUCAAUCGUUAAGAUUCAUGAUCAAUAACAUAUCAAUAAUUCAGAUAUACCUCGCGCUCUCCCUCUCGAUACGCAGUGGAUACCCGUGCACGCACGCUGUAACGUGGUAGACUCACAUAUAUCCGUUGUUCAAUGCAAUAAUCAUAUACCGAGAGAAAGCGAAAUGCAAGAACGAAAAACUCCAUACUUCUGUGUCCAGUGUGAAAACUGUGUCGUUCACGAUAGAUAUUGAACUGAUCGUGUGUGAGAUUGUGUAUUUUUCUAUCAAGAUAAACUACUAUCAGGACGAAUACUGAGGGAGGAAGGAGGGCAUAGGAACCUCAUUUUGAACUCCCUUACUGUAAUGUAUGGGAUAAUGAAAACCGUUUGUAUGGAUUGCCUUAUUACUGACUAAUAAAUGUAAUGCAUAUGUGUGUUGGAAGUCAA